AAUAACAAUGUAGGUGUGAGCACAAGUUUCUUCGGAAAAUAUUAAUGUCAUUGGAAUUCUAUUAUGGUUGGUGACACUGAAAAUUUCAUUGCCUUGGUUCUACGGGCCCACAUGUGCUUGUCUGUUAGUGGUCCACAAACAGGUCAUUUUACACUUGGUCAUUUGAGUUGUCUUUUGCAUGUUUAUGUGGUCCUGGAUGCUCAUUGAAUGUGGUCCUUUCUGAAUAUUGCGUUUCAAUGUGAUUCCUUGAUAUGCUUAAUGUGUUUCCUUGAUAUGCUACACUCUUUUGUCAUAGAAGUCCUUUUCUACUUACUUCUGAAGCUGACAACAUUACAUCCUACUAAUUAAAUUUUGAUGAAGCAUGUGAAGAAAAAUCUUCCAUGAAUUUGAGUGUGUUCUCAUGUAUGAUGGAUAUUUAUAAUUUAUCUUGAAACUUGGCUUACAUUUUAUAGUAAUUAGCAUCUACAAAUAUAUGCCCUUGCAAUUUCAGCUCUUUCAAGGCUGCUUUCAUAUGGGUGCCAAUCAAGGUAAUAAAUGAUAUUUGUUCUCCUUCUCCUAAAGUGAACAGCCGUGAGUAGUGGUAUGGUCAUUGAUGAUCCAAGAUUUAGAACUGAGUUUGACCCUGUUUACAGUGUUUAAUUUUUUUUUAAGUUCUAUUGUAAUUGGCCAAAAAAAAAAGAAGUUUCUGUUGUAUGAUAUGUUGCCAUAACAAGAAUCUUUCCUUAUUCCCUUCUAUUAGCGAGUGCUUUCUCACACAGCUCUUGUAGACUAAUGCCAGGUAAUAAAUAAUUGGAACACAUGCCUAUGUGUGGGUCUUUCUAUAUGUAAGUUUGAAGAUUUGUUAUAUGUUCACAGGCAUUUAAACCCAUUGAUGAUUCAAAUGAAACUAAAUAUGAAAGCCUGAAUAUUUUGCAUUUAUGAUUCAGUACCAUCUACCAUGGCUAGGUGAUAAUACAUUGAUUUACUGAGAUUGAGAAAUCAGGUGGUUGUCAAGGUGAUAUUAAUUGAUCUAUGGUUACCGGCUUUAAUGGGGAUUGAGUAGAUUUGUGUGUAGGGGAGUGAGGUUGUGGAGUAGAUUCAUGCAUAUCUAUGGUAUUAACCUGAUAUUUCAUUUUUGAUAAUCUUCUCUGCAUCUAGGAAAGCAUGCCUGCAUUAUUAAUAUAUUAAUGAUUGAAUA